AUGUGGUGGGAUGAUCUGAUGAUGAUGAAACUGACAGUUAAUUAUAAAGACACAUCGCUUGAAAGAAAAUAUUCAUCGUUCAGACAUCAGCCGAAAACAAUAAGAGAAGAAUUAGUUGAAAAAAAGAAGUCAAUGUCUUUUUGGGAUUUCUCAGUGUCUGUCAUAAUUAAUCGCUGCGAGGUAAAUAUUAGAAACAGCCGUGUUCAAAACGAUGUUUAA